CACAAUGCAUUCUGAUAAAAUUUCGGAAAAAACUUUGUGAGAUAUUAUUUUUGUUAUUUUGUAGUUUUUCUGAUGAAUUGUGAUCUUACCGAUGUAGUGUAAGAGCGGCGGAGAAAACAAUAGAAAAUGAUGAUAACAAAAAAUAUAAAUAUAAUUAGGAAUACUCUUGCAUGGAGUGGACUAUUACAAAAGUGUUAUAAAAAUAUUGGAAAUCAUGCAAAAUUUUCUUAUAAAAUUUCUCAGUACAGCUCAGUGGCAUCUUUUGAAAGUGUUGACCAUUGUCAACAUCCAUACAUAACCGCAAGUGACAAAGAGACAUUUGAAGCUCUAAAAAAUGAUGUCAUCUUGUACGAAGAUUUCAUCACUGUGGAAGAAGAGCAAGCAAUAUUGAAAGAGAUAGAACCGUACAUGAGACGACUGCGCUAUGAAUAUGAUCAUUGGGAUGGUGCUAUCCAUGGCUUUAGAGAAACUGAGAGGAAGGAAUGGAAUGAUGUUAAUAGCGCAAUAAUUCAGAGGAUCAAGAAAAAAGUCUUCCAGGAUGCGACUCCUUUGGAGCAUGUACACAUCAUUGAUGUUGCUAAAGAUGGAUAUAUAAAGCCACAUAUAGAUGCAGUCAGGUUUUGUGGUAGCGCAAUAGCAGGGCUAUGUUUGCUGUCCAGUGCUGUGAUGAGACUAAGGCAUGAAACCAAACCUGGCAUCUUAGAUUUAUUGCUCAAACGUAGAGGACUCUACAUAAUCAAAGAUGCUGCCAGAUAUGACUACACACAUGAGGUAUUAAAGUCAGAUGAGUCCCAUUUCAAGGGAGAGGAGGUCACCAGGGAGAGGAGAGUAGCUAUUAUAUGUAGGAGUGAACCUAGGCCACAGGAUAUACACUGA